CACGUCUGCGCGCAUGCGCAAUGCCAUCACACUUGUGAAGUUCCGGGGUCGGUGUAGGAGCUUGUAUACAGUGUAAAAAAAUCAACAUUGCGUACCUUUUUUCACUCUUCACAUUAAUCACAAAACAACAAGGGACUUUGAAGGUUUCUUUAAGACAACAGACACUCUGAUUAGCGCAUCGAUAGGACGUCUGUAAGGAUGAACUUCUUCAGAGGAGUGAUGGGUGGGCAGCCAGCCGGGCCACAGCCGUCCGGAGCCGAGACGAUCCAGAAGCUCUGUGACCGUGUGGCCUCCUCCACACUCCUGGAGGACCGCAGAGAUGCUGUCCGUGCUCUCAAGUCCCUCUCCAAGAAAUAUCGCAUGGAAGUUGGUACACAGGCGAUGGAUCAUUUGGUUCACAUAUUGCAGACUGACAGGUCUGACUCUGAAAUUCUUGGCUAUGCUUUGGACACACUGUUUAAUAUCAUCUGCAAUGACGAGGAGGAAGAGCAAGAUGAAUCAGAAGACGCAGUAACCCCUAUCCCUGUUGCAGGGAAGCAUAAGACUGUUUGCACACCUGAUGAGAAUGCACAGAAGCAAGCCGAUGACCUGGGCACCCAAUUUACAGACAAGUUCAUCCAGGACUCUGAAAAUGUGACAUUGCUGCUCACUCUGUUGGAGGAGUUUGACUUCCAUGUGCGGUGGCCUGGUGUGAAGUUGUUGACUGCUCUCCUGAAGAACCAGUGUGCCCAGGUCCAGGGGAUCAUUUUAGUCAGUCCUAUGGGUGUUUCCAGGCUCAUGGACUUAUUGGCAGAUUCUAGAGAAGUAAUUCGCAAUGAUGGUUUGCUGUUGCUUCAGCAGCUGACCAAAGGCAAUGCUGCCAUUCAGAAAAUUGUUGCAUUUGAGAAUGCAUUUGAGCGUCUCCUAGAUAUCAUCACAGAAGAGGGAAGCAGUGAUGGAGGUAUUGUGGUGGAGGACUGCCUACUGCUGCUGCUCAACCUGCUGAAGAACAACAGCUCCAACCAGAACUUCUUCAAGGAGGGCUCCUACGUCCAGAGAAUGAAGCCCUGGUUUGAAGUUGGUGAUGAUAACUCUGGCUGGUCUGCACAGAAGGUCACCAACCUCCACCUCAUGUUGCAGUUGGUGCGAGUCAUGGUGUCUCCAGUGAACUCUCCUGGAGCCACUGCCAGCUGUCAGAAGUCCAUGUACCAGUGUGGCUUGCUGCAGCAGCUGUGCACCAUCCUCAUGGCCACUGGUGUGCCUGCUGACAUCCUCACUGAGACUAUCAACACUGUAUCAGAGGUUAUCCGAGGAUCGCAAGUCAAUCAGGACUACUUUGCUUCUGUCAAUGCUCCUUCAAAUCCACCAAGACCAGCCAUAGUGGUGCUGCUCAUGUCCAUGGUCAAUGAGAGACAACCAUUUGUGCUUCGCUGUGCAGUUCUCUACUGUUUCCAGUGUUUCCUCUACAAGAAUCAGAAAGGCCAGGGGGAGAUUGUGGCCACACUGCUGCCCUCCACCAUCGAUGCUAACUCCAUCUCUGCGGGUCAGCUGCUGUGUGGGGGCCUGUUCUCGGCAGACUCCCUGUCCAACUGGUGUGCCGCUGUGGCCUUGGCGCACGCCCUGCAGGACAACCUCACCCAGAAGGAGCAGCUGUUGAGGGUGCAGCUCGCCACCAGCCUGGGCAAGCCUCCCGUCUCCCUGCUGCAGCAGUGCACCAACAUCCUCUCACAGGGUGAUAAGAUCAACAGGCGGGGCAGUAAAGUGCAGACCAGGGUGGGUCUCCUGAUGCUGCUAUGCACAUGGAUCAGCAACUGUCCCAUUGCUGUCACACACUUUCUACACAAUCAGGAGAAUGUACCAUUCCUGACAGGUCAGAUCUCAGAGAACCUGGGUGAAGAUGAACGGCUAGUGCAGGGCCUGUGUGCGCUGCUCCUCGGCAUCUGCAUCUACUACAAUGACAACUCACUGGAGAACUACACCAAAGAGAAACUCAAGCAGCUGAUUGAGAAACGCAUUGGGAAGGAGAACUUUGUGGAGAAGCUGGGCUUUAUCACCAAACACGAGCUGUACUCGCGUGCCGCCCAGAAACCGCAGCCUGUCUUCCCCUCUCCAGAGCAAAUGCUUUUUGACCAUGAGUUCACCAAGCUGGUCAAAGAACUGGAAGGUGUGAUAACUAAAGCAGUCCACAAAUCCAGUGAGGAGGAGAAGAAGGAGGAGGAGGUGAAGAAGACUUUGGAGCAGCACGACAGCAUUGUGACUCAGUACAAAGAGCUGAUCCGAGAACAGGACGCUCAGAUCCAGGAGCUGAAAGAGCAGGUAGCGUCCAUGACGUCUCAGAACGAACAGUUGCAGACCAGUAUCACCCAGCAGCUGUCCCAGAUCCAGCAGCACAAAGACCAGUACAACAUCCUCAAGCUGAAAUUAGGUAAGGAUAGCCAGAGUCAAGCUAACAGCCAAGGUGACUCCUCCCAAGUCAACGGCCUUCAGACAGAGGAGAUCACACAGCUUCGAGACGAGGUGGAGGAGCUCCGCAAGCAAAACGCACUCCUCCAGACACAGCUCAGUGACAAAGACACACUCGUCAACACACUGAGAUCAGAGGCAGCACAGACAGCAGAGGGUUCAGCAGGAGGGCCAGACAACACAGAACUACUCAAGGAGCUGGAGGCACUGAGGAGUCAGGUGCAGUCCCAGAUGACAGAGAUCCACACGCUGCAGACAGAGAGACAAGAGCUGCUCAAGAGAGCUGAGGCUGGGCCCCUGGAUUCAGUUCCCAGCAGCGAGAGCUCGACAGACACAGCCCCGACAGCAGAGCUAGAAAGCAGGCUUGCAGCACAGACUUCUGAAACAGAGAGACUCAAGGAGGAGGUCAGGAGCCUUUCGGAGAGCCGGGCGGGGCUAGAGCAGCAGCUGGCCUCAGCCACCAGCACGGUGGCCAUCCUGCAGACAGAGAAGGGAAAGCUGCAGACGGAGGUGCAAGAGUCAAAGAAGGAGCAGGACGACCUGCUGAUGCUGCUGGCAGACCAGGACCAGAAGAUCCACAGCCUGAAACAGAGACUGAAGGACCUGGGAGAGACGGUUGAAGAUGAAGACGACCUCGAUGCCAGGGACCAAACAGAUGAUGACGAGGAGGAGGAUGAAGACAACGAGGAUUAGAUCAGAACACUGAAGGGGCAGAGAUGGAAAUAUGGCUGACAAAAGGCAAAAAGACAUUGUUAGGCGGACCUUGUCCUGACACACUAGAGAAACUGAAGGAUAGGACUAAUAUUGAAGACGUUUCUCUUGCCAGCUGCCAUGCUAUCUUUAUUUUUCUUUGCACCCCCAUCCCCCACCCCCAUCCACAUCACAUGUACAUUUUAAUUGUUUGUACAUUUUAUUCCAAUAUGGGUGUUAUUCCAAGCAUUCAAUUUUCAGUGACAACUAAAAGAAAUGACAGUGCAUUCAUCUCUGCUACUUUUGCCACCAGCCUAGAAGACGCUCAUGGAUUUUAUCAUCCUUGUUAACUGUAGUGUUGUUGUCAUAUAGUUAGCGAUUCAAUAAGGUUACUUUAAUUUUAACACAUUAUGUAGCCAUCUUCAAAAGCAGUCAGAAAAUUAAGAGAGAGAGGACUUAAAAUGUAGCAAAUUAAUUUGGGUCCCAAAACCCCCCAAAGCAGAUUUGAUAUUGUAUUGGAAAGCCCAUCAAGCCAGCCUUUUCCCAUAAUGCUCUGCUGCGCUUAGCAAACAUAUGGUGACCCUCGAUCCUCUCAUGCACACCCGGGUUUCAAAAUGUCACUUUGGCCACAAUUCAGUGCCCCGAAUUUGCAAAAAUCUCCCUUGACACCCAGUCAGUUUGAACAAGUUCAGUGUGUUUCAGUAUUUCAACACUCAAAGUUGUUUCAUUUCACUUCAAUGUCACAACAUACUGCUCUACAAUAUGCUGCAAAACACUGACAGAAAAGAUGUAAAAACAAAAAAAGCUAUUUUUGCAACUUUUUGUCCAGUACUGGCAUUCAGCUUCUGUAUGAUAACGUGUAACUUAUCAAUUUAUGAGCCACAUUGAAAUGAAUAAAGAAUCUAUUGAUCUGUA